UUAAAUUGAGCAACCGUUUUGAGUUAAUAUUUACCUUUUUUUACAUCUUCUGAACCUAGAAAUACCUUGCACUGCCUACAACUUAUUGAACAAAGUUUGUUACGAGGUUAACCGCUUGGUUUGAUUCUAAUGACGCAAUCCAUUGUAAUCCAAGUUGGUCAAUGUGGGAACCAGAUUGGAUGCAGGUUUUGGGAUCUUUGUCUCAGAGAGCACGCGUGCUACAGUAGGAACGGGAUAUAUGACGAUGCAAUCGGUAGCUUCUUUCGAAACACAGACUCGCGAAGUGUAGACGCGUUUGACGUCCCACGUGGUGUGAAUAAAAUACAAAACCUUAAAGCACGAGCGAUCCUGGUUGACAUGGAGGAGGGGGUGGUGAACGAGUUGGUGCAAGGUUAUAUCGGGGAUAUAUUUGACCAUAAACAGUUGAUCACUGAUGUGUCAGGGUCCGGAAAUAACUGGGCUGUUGGUAAUAAGGUUUAUGGUUCAAGGUAUCGUGAAGACAUAACUGAGCAAGUGAGGAAAGCUGUGGAGGCUUGCGACUGCCUGCAAUGUUUCUUCAUCCUUCAUUCUAUGGGUGGAGGGACGGGGUCGGGGCUAGGCACCGCAAUCUUGUCAAUCCUUGAAGAUAGUUUCCCGGAGGUACAUCGCUUUGUGACAGCUGUUUACCCAUCCAAGGAUGAUGAUGUCAUAACAUCUCCGUAUAACUCCGUUCUUGCCAUGAAAGAACUCACAGACAAAGCAGAUUGUGUCAUGCCGAUUAACAACGAGUCACUUAUGAAUAUUUGCAAUAAGAUUCAACACACGUUACCUCGUAAAGAGAAAAUACAAAGUGUUAGCAAGAUAACAUCAGGCGUUGGAUCUCUGGGUGGAACGAAGAACAAUGAAAAACCAUUUGAUCACAUGAAUAACAUCGUUGCUAAUAUGUUGUUAAAUAUGACGAGUCAUUGUCGUUUUGACGGCGCUUUAAACGUGGAUUUGAAUGAAAUCGCGAUGAACCUCGUGCCAUUCCCCCGCCUGCAUUACCUUGUGCCAAGUGUGGCACCACUUUCCAUCAGCAAGGACAUUGGUCUGCAACCCAGGAGGUUGGACCAAGCAUUUGAUGAUUUGUUCACCCCCGAUCAUCAGUUGGUAAGUGCUGAUCCACGGAAUAGUUUAUACCUCGCGUGUGCCCUCAUGGCUCGUGGUAAAGAUGUCAGCAUGUCCGACUUACGUCGCAAUAUUUCCAGAAUUGCACCAAAUUUAAACUUUGUCAAUUGGAAUAAGGAAGGUUGGAAAACAGGUUUGUGUGAUUUGCCUCCAGUUGGUUUGCCGUAUUCACUUCUGUCACUUGCAAACAACACGUGCGUGGGACAAGCUUUUUCUAACUUGCGAUUACGAUUUAAAAAACUUUACUCUCGAAAAGCUCAUUUACACCAUUAUGAAGUUGUGGAUGAUUUCGAACGAUCCUGUUUUGAAGAAAGUUUGAACUCGGUCACUGAUUUAGUGAAAGAAUACGAAGAAAUAGAAAGGAAAGGAUUGACCCAAGUUACUGAAAUACAACGAAUGAAAGUUUUAUAAUUUUUAUUUUAUUUUCACUGCUGUAGCUCUCAUUCAAGUCGCAUUUGUUUUUAACUGUAUUGUAACGAAUCAAAAACGGCUAAAAUUUUGUGCCUUAGUAACAAUUUGAUCUAUUUUUGCUAGA